UAUCAACAACACCGGCUUUUUUGUAUCAGUAGAAUCAGAUUAAUUAAUUUAAUUGCAUCGUUUGGUAAUUAUCUCGUGUCAAAAUGAAUAUUAAUGUUUGUGGAUGAGAGAGGGCGACUUCCAAGUUUCAGGUUCGAUGUUUUAUCAUCUUGAUGAUUAAAUAUUUAAUUUCAUAACAGCCUUAUUACAUCUUUAAUUGGUUGUCCCCCACAAUACAAGAGAAGGCAAACAAGUUUUAAUUAUCAAUUAAUGAGUGAUUAGUUUUCUUGAUACUUCUUGACUUUUCCCGCAGCUUUCUGACCCAAAGACUGUAGUAUUUGUAUCGUCAUCCCGCACACCUACACAUCUUUCUCUGACAUUCAGCUUACAUUGUGAUAACUUUGCUUUUACACUCAUAAUGUCUGUACCUUUGCCUGAAAUACAAGAAUGUCGAUCACACCAGAAUCUCUGCUACCAGUAAUUUUUGAAUGUUCUCUUAUUUGUUAUCCUACAUCAGGGCCAGCGCUAGGAAGUUCGGGGCCCAAUUAAAGAAUUGUCGGUGGGACCCUCCACUCUACAAAACUGGAGAUUUAUGUUUUGUGUAGUAUGCCAGUCCCAGCCAAAAAGCGAUGGGGUCUUUAUAUCCUAAAAAUCAUCACAAGGACCACCUUCGAGCCUGUGCACGGGGCUCGGCUUGAACAAAUCUAAUUGGCUUAAAACCCAGCCUGACUACAUCGCUUCCAUUCACUGUAUUGACGUUUAUCAGCAUAAAACGGAAAGUUUUAUUGAUAAAAAUUAAAAUGCGAGCCACUUGGAGAUUCCCUAGGCAACAACAAACAUUCAGGCUGUAAAUAGAAAAUAUACCUACAUUGCAUUUUUUUCUCUAUAUAUGAGCACAGCCUCAUGAUACCGAAGACAAGAAACUAAAUCCUAACAUCUCACAUUUAGAUGUAUCCCAGCUUUCAAGAAUUCCCUGUGGAUUAAGAUGGAAGAUGUUAUUCACUUGAACGCUUCUAACUCAGCUGUUUUUCAGACAGAUUCAGUGACAGAGAUUGACAGUGGUGAGGAAUAUUUAUGUAGUGAAAUAUUUGCUAAACAAAGAACAUUACACGGAAGCAUUUCUGAUUAUCACUGUGAGAUUUGUAGGAAAACAUUCUCUUCAGAACGAGAAGUCUUUGCACACAAACGAAUACACAGUGAAACGGUAAAACCCUUUCACUGUGAAAUUUGUGGGAAAUCCUUUAUGAAAAAUAGUACUCUAACAAUGCAUAAACGGAUACACUCUGGAGAAAAACCAUUUCACUGUGAAAUAUGUGGCAAAACUUUCAUUAAUAAUUCAAAACUUGUUGUCCACAAUCGUUUUCAUACUGGAGAAAAGCCCUUUCAUUGUGAUAUCUGUGGUAAGUCUUUCGUCUCUAACAGUAUUUUAAAAAGACAUAAGAUUAUACAUUCUGGAGAAAAACUAUUUCACUGUGAGAUCUGUGGAAAAUCUUUUAUUGAUAAUUCAAAGCUUAUUAUUCAUAACCGAAGUCACAGUGGAGAGAAACCUUAUCAUUGUGAUAUCUGUGGAAAAUCUUUUGUUUCUAAUAGUAUUUUAACAAGACACAGAAUUAUACACAGCGGGGAAAAAGCAUUUCACUGUGAGAUUUGUGGAAAAUCUUUUAUGAAAAACAGUAAUUUGACAACACACAGAAGAGUCCACACUGGUGAGAGACCGUUUCAUUGUGAAAUUUGUGGGAAGAGUUUCUCUGUUAAUUCAAGUCUUGUAGUUCACAUUAGGGUCCAUACGGGAGAGAAGCCUUAUAGCUGUGAAACUUGCGAGAAGUCGUUUAUCACAAAUAGUGAUUUGACCAAACAUAGAAGGAUACAUACGGGGGAACUGUUACGCUGUGAAACCUGUGGGAAAGCUUUCACCACUAACAGCCACCUGAAAACGCACAGACAAGUACACACGGGAGAAAAAUUGUUUCACUGUGAGAUCUGUGGGAAAUCAUUCUCUGUGAAUUCGAGUCUUGUUAUUCAUGUGCGUAGUCAUACCGGAGAAAAGCCAUAUCAUUGCGACGUGUGUGAGAAGUCCUUUAUGGUGAACAGUGACUUAACAAAGCACAAAAGGUUACAUAGUGGGGAAAAUUUGUUUCACUGCGAAAUCUGUGGUAAGUCUGUGACUGAAAAAUCCAAGCUCAUUAUCCACAAACGUACCCACACUGGGGAAAAACCUUACGAUUGUGAAAUCUGUGGUAAAUCUUUCUCUGUUAAUUCUCACCUUGCUGUUCACAAAAGGUUACAUACGGGAGAGAAGCUGUUACACUGUGAAGUCUGUGGGAAAUCCUUUGUCACCAACAGUCACUUGAAGAUACACAAUCAAAAACACACGGGAGAGAAACCAUUUCACUGUGAGAUAUGUGAGAAAUCAUUUGCUAUUAAUUCCCAUCUUGUCGUUCACAGAAGAAUCCAUACGGGAGAAAGACCCUUUCAUUGUGAGAUAUGUGAGAAGUCAUUUAUCACUAACACUCUUUUAAAAAAACAUAAACAAAUUCAUACUAGAGGGUAGCCUUUUAACCCUUUCGUUACCCUUUUUCUAUUGACAUAUCUUUUAUCUUUUACUUGUUUCAGUCAUUAAACUGCAGCCAUGCUGGGCCACCACCUUCAAUAAUUUUUGUUUUUGUACAGAGAAUUAACAGGGUGAUGCCAUUAGUAGGAGAGGUUAGGAGGGUGAGAAGGGAAAGGGAAGUGUAGUAUCUAAAUGAAAUGAGGGACACCAAGUGAAGAGAAGUUAGUAUAAGUCAAGAGACUUGUGAACAUGAUGGGAGAAAUGAACAGUUAGAAGAAAGUAACAAUUAAGCAAUUAGUGUGAAAAAUGAGAUUUUGAGACCCUCGGUCUCAGUUCUUAUCUUUUAAGCCUGGUACUUAUUCUAUCGGUGCUUUUUUGCCAAACAGCUAAGUUACAGGUAUAUAAACAUACUAACACUAGUUGUCAAGUAAUGUUGGGGAACAAAUACUGACAGAAAGACACA